AUGAACGGCUCCCGCCUGGAGGAUCUCUUCCUGCAGCGGGGCCGGUGCUGGCUCCCGGAGCUGGCUCCCGGAGGGUUCCGGACCUACCCGCACCUGUACAAGACCGAGUUGUGCCGCCGCUUCGCCGAGUCCGGGGGCUGUAAAUACGGUGAACGCUGCCAGUUUGCUCACGGUCUGCACGAACUGAGACUGCUACCGCGGCACCCGAAGUACAAAACCGAAUACUGCCGCACCUUCCACUCGCUCGGUUUCUGCCCGUACGACAGCCGCUGCCACUUCAUUCACGAUGAGGGAGAGCGCCGCUUCCCACCGCCUCAACUCGACACCGGUCCCCGCAAACCUCCCUGGCAGCCCCGCGCCCAGUCCCCCGCCUCGGACGGCGUGUCCUCCUCCCCCGCCUCCGACAGCCCUGAGCGGUUCCCUGGGAGCCCGGCCCGCCCCGGCUCGGAGCCGCCCCCCGCCACCAACAACACCUCUCCCGCCGCUGGCGCCGCCUCCUGCUGUCUCUACAACAACAACAACACCUCUCCCGCCGCUGGCGCCGCCUCCUGCUGUCUCUACAACAACAACACCUCUCCCGCCGCUGGCGCCGCCUCCUGCUGUCUCUACAACAACAACACCUCUCCUGUCAGUGGCGCCGCCUCCUGCUGUCUCUACAACAACAACACCUCUCCCGCCGCUGGCGCCGCCUCCUGCUGUCUCUACAACAACAACACCUCUCCCGCCGCUGGCGCCGCCUCCUGCUGUCUCUACAACAACAACACCUCUCCUGUCAGUGGCGCCGCCUCCUGCUGUCUCUACAACAACAACACCUCUCCUGUCAGUGGCGCCGCCUCCUGCUGUUUCUACAACAACAACACCUCUCCCGCCACUGGCGCCGCCUCCUGCUGUCUCUACAACAACAACACCUCUCCUGUCAGUGGCGCCGCCUCCUGCUGUCUCUACAACAACAACACCUCUCCUGUCAGUGGCGCCGCCUCCUGCUGUUUCUACAACAACAACACCUCUCCCACCACUGGCGCCGCCUCCUGCUGUCUCUACAACAACAACACCUCUCCUGUCAGUGGCACUGCUGCCUGUCACCAACACAACAACAACACCUCUCCAGCUGGUGGCGCCGGCAUCGCGGACCUCCUGGUGCCGCUGGCGCUGAAGCUGCAGGCGCUGGAGGGCUCGGGUUCAGGCCCCACCUCGCCACCUGGGUCAUCCGGCCUGCGGUCUCCCAGGGAAGCAGACUGCCCCCCCGGACACAGGAGCCCUGGCCUGGAGGCUCGGGCUCACCCCGCCGCCGCUGCCGAGGCUCCCACCGCCCUGGACUCGGCGAAACGUCUCCCCGUCUUCAGCAGGAUCUCGACCAGGAGCAUUUGAGGCGGCUCCUGGGAGCUCCCCCCCUGCCCCUGGGGAGGAGGACUCUGAAGAGACUGUGUG